GAGGGGGAAAUCUGGCCGCCGGCUGUGAACAAAAAUGGCUGCAGCAUGAAUUUUGGAGGUGUGCUUCGUUGUUUCGUUUGCGGCAAUGUUUUGAAGAAUGCCGGACCACGGAACAUUUUCGCAGCGACUCAGUCGGCACUACGGAACAUCUCGUUCGGACCGCAGUACACGAGUGAGCAGCAGGAUCAGGUCUUGCGGAUCCUCAACCACUCGUCCGAAAAGGAACUGCAGAAGCUGUCCAUCGGGGCCUCGAGUAUCCUGCGCAUUCUGCACCAUCGGGAGGAAAAUGGUGGCUUUGAGAGCAUUGACCACGUCCUCUCCAUCCGGGGCUUCCAGGAGAAAGGGCUCAAGAAGAUCUGUGAGGCUGUCCUCUAUGGGAAGAAGCCUCAGGUGAAGAGGCCUGACAGGACCAGCAUUGUCCCUGCCUUGUCCCAAGAAAGGAUACAGGAGGUCGCCAAGGUGCUUGCAGUGGACGUGAGCCCACCCUACAUCACCUGGGCUCACCUGACUCGAGACAAGCAGAUCUUGUCGUGGGAGAGGACCAAGUUCCUUGACGAGAAGUCGCGGCACCACCUCCAUUCCUACUACAGCGCCGUGCAAGAGGUGCUUCCGUCACUCCCGGUGGCAGACCUCUACGUGGUGGAGCAGCGCCCGACCAGGCAGAAGCAGAGCUCGGAGAGUCUGCACCUGCGGACGCAGUUGGCCAUUCAAGCCAUGCUCGUGGCGCUUCUCAGCCACGGCAAGGAGCACCAGCCGCAGGUGGUUUCCAUCAAGUCGGCCGCUGUUACCCAGUUGUUUCAGCUGAACGUCGGGAAUGAGAGGAUAUCCGGCCAAGAGACGCUGAACGGGCUCUUCGAAUCUGGCGCCUUCGCGAUCGAGAAGGGGCUGAGGACGUCCUACCUCCAGGAGAGCUCGGUCAACCGAGAGCACCUCUGCAACGUCCUGCUGUUGGCCCAUGCCUUCUACCUCUUGGUCGAAUCCUAGUGCAAAGUGUGACUGUGCGACCUUCCGAAAACAGUUGCCUAGGUAAUGCAUUACUGCCUCUCAUUUGGGUCUUUGCGAGACUGUUUGCGGAACCGUAAUAAAGACAUUGUGGUCGUUACAAUG